AUGUCGUCGGCGGUGCUGAAGGCGGCCGCUCACUACUACAGCUCGCAGUGCGACAAGCCCAAUAAGGAUUUCAUGCUGUUCCACUGGGAGGAGAAGGACCCGCGGAAAUGUCUGCAGGAGGGGAGGAAAAUCAAUGAGCACGUGCUGGAUUUCUUCAGUAAGAUAAAAACCCACUGCAGCGAGCCUUUCACAGAGUACUGGACAUGCCUUGAUUAUAACAAUCUGCAAGAGUUCCGCCAAUGCCGCAAGCAACAAGAUACUUUUGAUAAUUGUGUGAUCGACAAACUGGGCUAG